AGAAGAAGAGACGUAUGUGACUGAUAUAAAGGCAGAAGAUAUAGAGGGAGAAGAAGAGACGUAUGUGACUGAUAUAAAAGCAGAAGGUAUAGAGGGAGAAGAAGAGACGUAUGUGACUGAUAUAAAGGCAGAAGAUACAAAGAGAGAAGAAGAGACGUAUGUGACUGAUAUAAAGGCAGAAGAUAUAGAGGGAGAAGAAGAGACGUAUGUGACUGAUAUAAAGGCAAAAGAUAUAGAGGGAGAAGAAGAGACGUAUGUGACUGAUAUAAAGGUAGAAGAUAUAGAGGGAGAAGAAGAGACGUAUGUGACUGAUAUAAAGGGAGAAGAAGAGACGUAUGUGACUGAUAUGAAGGCAGAAGAUAUAAGGAGAGAAGAAGAGACGUAUGUGACUGAUAUGAAGGCAGAAGAUAUAGAGGGAGAAGAAGAGACGUAUGUGACUGAUAUAAAGGCAGAAGAUAUAGAGGGAGAAGAAGAGACGUAUGUGACUGAUAUGAAGACAGAAGAUAUAGAGGAAGAAGAAGAGACGUAUGUGACUGAUAUGAAGGCAGAAGAUAUAAGGAGAGAAGAAGAGACGUAUGUGACUGAUAUGAAGGCAGAAGAUAUAGAGGGAGAAGAAGAGACGUAUGUGACUGAUAUAAAGGCAGAAGAUAUAGAGGGAGAAGAAGAGACGUAUGUGACUGAUAUGAAGACAGAAGAUAUAGAGGGAGAAGAAGAGACGUAUGUGACUGAUAUAAAGGCAGAAGAUAUAGAGGGAGAAGAAGAGACGUAUGUGACUGAUAUAAAGGCAGAAGAUAUAGAGGGAGAAGAAGAGACGUGUGUGACUGAUAUGAAGGCAGAAGAUAUAGAGGUAGAAGAAGAGACGUAUGUCACUGAUAUAAAGGCAGAAGAUAUAGAGGGAGAAGAAGAGACGUAUGUGACUGAUAUAAAGGCAGAAGAUAUAGAGGGAGAAGAAGAGACGUAUGUGACUGAUAUGAAGGCAGAAGAUAUAGAGGGAGAAGAAGAGACGUAUGUGACUGAUAUAAAGGCAGAAGAUUUAGAGGGAGAAGAAGAGACGUAUGUGACUGAUAUGAAGGCAGAAGAUAUAGAGGGAGAAGAAGAGACGUAUGUGACUGAUAUAAAGGCAGAAGAUAUAGAGGGAGAAGAAGAGACGUAUGUGACUGAUAUAAAGGCAGAAGAUACAGAGGGAGAAGAAGAGACAUAUGUGACUGAUAUAAAGGCAGAAGAUAUAGAGGGAGAAGAAGAGACGUAUGUGAGGGGUGAUCAGCAGUGUAAGGAGGAGGAGAUCCCUACAGAUAUAAGCACAGCAGAUGGACACACAAGCAGGAAUAUCUCAGAAGGACAUCUAAUGUUAUCCCCGGAUUGUGACAUAAAAGAUAAUGACAGUAGACAGGAUUCUCCAGGAGAUAACCCCAUUACCCCAAUUAUACAUCUAGCUCUAUCAGCUGAUCCCUCUGAUCCUGGGAAAUGUUCUCCUGAUCAUUCUGAUAUUGGUGCAUCUGUUCCAGCUCUGAGAGUAGAUACAGUGUUUCCCUGUUCUAUAGAUGCCAAAUGUUUUACACAGAACACAAAGCCUAUUAACCCACAGGCAGGUGAGAGGCCACUGAUAUGUUCUGAGUGUGGGAAAUGUUUUGCAUACAAAUCGUAUCUUCUUAGACAUCAGAGAAUUCACACAGGUGAGAAGCCAUUUUCUUGCUCUGAGUGCGGUAAAUGUUUUGUCCAGAAAUCACAACUUGUUACACACCAGCAAAGUCACACAGGUGAGAAGCCAUUUCCAUGUUAUGAGUGUGGAAAAUAUUUUGCACAGAAAUCACAUCUUGUUAUACAUCAGAGAAGGCACACAGGUGAGAAGCCGUUUUCUUGCUCUGAGUGCAGGAAAUGUUUUUCCCGGAAAUCACAACUUGUUACACAUCAGCGAAGUCACACAGGUGAGAAGCCAUUUUCUUGCUCUGAGUGUGGGAAAUGUUUUGCACACAAAUCAGUACUUGUUAAACAUCAGAGAAGUCACACAGGUGAGAAGCCAUUUCCAUGUUCUGAGUGUGGGAAAUGUUUUACACUGAAAUCACACCUUGUUACACAUCAGAGACGUCACACAGGUGAGAGGCCAUUUCCAUGUUCUGAGUGUGGGAAAUGUUUUACAUACAAAUCAGCUCUUGUUACACAUCAGAGAAGUCACACAGGUGAGAAGCCGUAUUCCUGUUCUGAGUGUGGGAAAUGUUUUGCAUGUAAAUCAGGUCUUGUUAUACAUCAGAGAAGUCACACAGGUGAGAUGCCAUUUUCCUGUUCUGAGUGUGGGAAAUGUUUUUCAUCGAAAUACCAUCUUGUUAGUCAUCAGAGUAGUCACACAGGUGAGAAGCCAUAUUCCUGUUCUGAGUGUAGGAAAUGUUUUGCACGGAAACCAGAUCUUGUUCUACAUCAGAGAAGUCACACAGGUGAGAAGCCAUAUUCCUGUUCUGAGUGUGGGAAAUGUUUUGCAUGUAAAUCAGGUCUUGUUAUACAUCAGAGAAGUCACACAGGUGAGAAGCCAUAUUCCUGUUCUGAGUGUAGGAAAUGUUUUGCACGGAAAUCACAUCUUGUUAUACAUCAGAGAAGUCACACAGGUGAGAAGCCGUAUUCCUGUUCUGAGUGUGGGAAAUGUUUUGCACACAAAUCACAUUUUGUUAUACAUCAGAGAAGUCACACAGGUGAGAAGCCGUAUUCCUGUUCUGAGUGUGGGAAAUGUUUUUCAUCUAAACCAGAUCUUAUUAGUCAUCAGAGAAGUCACACAGGUGAGAAGCCGUAUUCCUGUUCUGAGUGUGGGAAAUGUUUUGCACACAAAUCACAAUUUGUUAUUCAUCAGCAUGCUCACACAGGUGAGAUGCCAUUUUCCUGUUCUGAGUGUGGGAAAUGUUUCGCACAGAAAUCCUCUCUUGUUACACAUCAGAGAAUUCACACAGGUGAGAAGCCGUAUUCCUGUUCUGAGUGUGGGAAAUGUUUCGCACAGAAAUCAGCUCUUGUUACACAUCAGAGAAUUCACACAGGUGAGAAGCCGUAUUCCUGUUCUGAGUGUGGGAAAUGUUUUGCACAGAAAUCACAUCUUGUUACACAUCAGAGAAGUUACACAGGUGAGAAGCCAUUUCCCUGUUCUGAGUGUGGGAAAUGUUUUGCAUAUAAAUCACAUCUUGUUACACAUCAGAGGAGUCACACAGAUGAGAAGCCAUUUUCAUGCUGUGAGAGAAAUAAAUCCGCUCUUGUUGAACACAUUAGACAUUACCCAAGUACGGAACCAUUUACAUCUUCUGGAGUAUAAUUAUCACUGUCGUCCAAUGUUCCUCGGGUGAAUCCUAUCUCCUAUGCUUUAUAAAAUAUACAUGCUACCACUGGGUGAUAUAAUCAGACGUCAUGGCCUGGUCUACCACUGCUAUGCAGAUGACCUGCUUUUUGCUCCAUGUACUGAGAACCGAAUACCAAUAAAUGGUUGUCUAGCUGAGCGCCAGGGGUGGAUGAUGCCAGUUGGCUGUGACUCAGUCUUUGUGAAACAUAAUAGAAGCUCACCAACAAAGGACAAGACUACAGCUUUACCAACCAUCUGGAUUUAUGCUUUGGUGUUCAGAAUUGCAAAAUACUGAAUAUGUGCUGAAUCUUUGUGUUGUCCUGGUAUGUGGCUGACACAGACAUCAGGUAUCUGCCACAUACAAAUCCUCAUUCUUCCAUCUGUGGACCAUAGCCAGAAUCAAGCACUUGAUUCCCUCAGAAGUUCAUAGACUACUGCAAUGCCAUCUACCUGGGUCACCCAGCAAAAGAAUUACAAAGCUUGCAGCUAGUACAGAAUGCAGCAGCCAGGCUGUUACCUAACCUGCCCGUUCCUGCCUCCUAACACCCAUUCUCUACUCCCUUCACCGGCUGCCUGUAAGAUGGAAAAUCUAUUUCAUUAUUGGCUAACUGACCUUCCCAGCCCAACAUUACAUGGUCCAAGGUACUAGAAGCAGCUUCUGCCUCCUUACUGCCCUGCUUGCUGGCUUCUACAGAUGAAGGACUGUUACCAGCAGUACCAAGAAUCUCCUGUCCUUCAUUUAUGGGUUGAACGUUUAGUUUUGCAGCCCUGACCAUGGAACUCACUGCCUUGCACAGUCCAAGAGGCCUCCACUCUAGAGACCUUCACAAGCAGACUGAUGACUGUUACUCAGCUUUUCAUUAAUGUACCUCUAUUUACUUCCUAAAUAAUACAUCCCAAAUGCUUAGGUCUUUUUUCUGCUGUUUAUUUUGUAUCGUGUGCUUUGUGUAAAUGUGAAUGUCUAAUACCAGUUUGCACAAUCUGUAUUGCUGCACGACAAUAUGGCGGCCAUUGGAACGUGUUUUCACUUCUAGUUUGCCUAACUUGUUGCAGACACUCAUCUUGAUCAGGAGUGCUGAGUGUUUUCUGAUACAAGAUCCUAUCCAUAUAUACCCUGUACAUUACCAUGUGCAUUAGAGUCACCCGGGUUCCAUCUGCGGUGGUUUGUUGUAUGUUACAUCUAUAUGGUGCGGAUACUCCCCUGUAUGAUUUCAUAAUAAAAGCUUUUGUUUGCAUCUAA